UCAGCGCGGGUUUUGGCGACACGUUCCCGCGUCGGCCGGCCGGUUCGCCGCACGUAUUACAUCGCGGCAGUCACAUGCUGCACGUUUUAGCCAUAACAUCGCGAACACUGGCAUCAUGGAAUUGCUUGUCAAAGCCAAACUUACAGUGAAUUAAAAAAAGAACGAAGAAGAGCGCGAAAAUGUUUCUUCUAUUUGUCACGAAAUCAAAUUUCGAAAUCGAUAAAAAUAAAAAGAAAUUGUGCAUCUUCAAGUUUCUUAAAAGUAUUGAAUUAAUUUAAAAUGAAGUUAACAUCACUAAUUAGCGACAGUUUUGAAUGUGUGAAGAGGCGUAUUUAUUUGAUAUUAUGGAUCUCAUUAGUUCUAUAUCUUUUUUACGACACAUUUAUUUAUUACAAUAUUGGACAACAGUUUUAUUAUUUAAGAAGGAUUUUAGGGUUAGGACUAUGCAUCUCCCGUGGUACGGCGACUGUUAUAAAUUUAUGUUGCGCCCUGGUGCUACUUCCUCUAUGCAAGAAGUUAAAUCAAUUGCUGUAUAGGGUCCUGUCAAGAUUAUGGCCAGGCUUAUUCUUUUUCUGGCUAGAAAAAGCGAAGAGUUUUCAUAUGACUGUUGCAAUAACUCUACUAGUUUUUGCUGUUGUACAUUCCAUUUCCCAUUUGGUGAACUUGUGGAAUUUCUCCAGAGGGUACGACGAACAACAUGCUGAGAUUAACUUCGCGAAGUACAGAAACGAGAACCCUUUAAACCUACUAUUGAGCACGGUGGGCUUGACAGGCGUUUCCAUGCUUAUCAUUACAUUAUGCAUGGGCUUGACGUCCACGAGAAUCGUUCGUAGAAGGGUCUACAACGCUUUCUGGUAUACACAUCAAUUAUAUGUGUUGUUCAUCGUGCUACUUAUUAUACAUCCGUUGAGCGGUGUUCUAAAACAAGAGGUCAUUGAAAACGAAACUAGUCUAAACUUUAGUCAAAACGAGAAUACUCCAAGAUUCGUUGCCAUCAAAUCAAAGACUUGGCUGUGGAUGUCGGUGCCAUUAACUUGUUAUGUCUUGGAUCUUUUGUGGCGGAUUUGUACCAGAAAUCGAGCGAGAGUGAAUAUUGUGGAGGUACACCACAUGGCAGGACGCACCAUAAGCUUGACUGUGAGCUGUCCUCCUGACCUGCAUUGUCGAAUGGGGCAGUACGUGCUACUGCAGUGUUUGGACGUCUCGCUCAUCGAGUGGCAUCCCUUCACUGUUGUUAAGAUUCCUACUUCAUACCAAAGAACCUUCGUAGUAUGGAUAAGAGUAAAGGGAGAUUGGACUGAAUCAUUAGAGAAAUUGUUGUUGGAAAGAAGGCUGAGUGAAUUGAGUGUAUUGGUGGAUGGACCAUUCUCAAGUCCAAUGGAGAGUGUGUGUCGAAGUGACGUGGCGAUCUGCGUAGCUGCAGGAGUUGGGAUUACGCCGUUUGUAGCUGUUCUUCAUGAUAUGUUGCUGAACCCACGCAACCGAUACCCCGGCAGAAUCCAUCUACUCUGGAUAGUCAGACACGAACGAGAGCUAACAUGGCUCGCAGACCUGGUGAACAAAACAAUAUUACAAUUACGAAACGCAAACCGCCCAGAUAGACUGCACAUAGAAUUUUACGUAACAAACACACAACAUGAACAAACUAAUAAAGAUCUUAAUCCCGUAGCACAUAUGGUUGUGAUUAACGAGAAAGGUCUCAGUCACGUUUUAAGUAGAGAUAGAGAUGACGAGAGAGUUACUCUAUUAACUCCGAAGGUUAACAGACAUGCCAGUAACGGGAAGUCAGGAGAUGAAGACAAUAAUUAUAAUAUAGCGAAACAGUAUCCUCUGGUUGGGUGUCGAGUUAGACGCGGGAGACCACACUGGGAUAGGGUGUUUGGGUAUUGGGUGCACUUAUAUCCAGAGGACCACCUAAAUUUAUAUUGCUGUGGACCAAAGAAUUUAGUGAAAUUAUUACGAAGCAAUUGUAAAAAUGCUUCUAAGACUAGUAAAACUAAGUUUACAUUUGUACACGAGGGUUUCUCUUGAACAGUGAUAUUGUAACUACUCAUUAAAAUACAAUGCAUUUACUAAGAGGA